GGUGGGACAGCAACCGCAGAUCUGAAGCAUCCAGCUCUGGGACCAGGGACACUCAGAGAAAGGACACAGGGAGAAACAGAGUGAAUGUGAUGCAGUAACGGUAUACAUACAUAUGCAUCAAAAAACAAAAACAGGAAUAACUGUGAGUAUCUGUGUUUUAUCUUUCAGCUGAACUUUUCUCACAAACAUUUUUCUUUCACUCCAGCACAAGUUGUUUUAUCAGAUACGUUUCAAUUCCAAGUUUUCUUUUCAGUGACAAACUUCUAGUGUUGUGACUCUGUUUGGACCCAGAAGUCAAUCACUGUAAAUCCAGACGUUCAUAAAAAUACGAUGAGACCAAAGAGGGUUUUGGGGAAAAACAAACGAGAUGUUGAGUUUGAUGUCAGAACAAGAUGGAGACUGUGGUGAAAACAUUAGAUUUAGAGUCUAACAGUGAACUGAAUGCAGAGUUGACGCUUCCUUCUCAGCGUCUACAUGGAUGUUAAAGUCACGACUUUAUCUGAAGUCAAUCAGCUGAGAACUCAGAUAAAAACUCAGAAAUUAACCAACACAACUGUUUUUUGUGUUUUCCAGUUGGGUGUGAGAGACUUAAAGUGAGGCUUUGAAACGAGUUCUAAGUUCAGCUUUCAGGUUAAUUAUUAAGAUGAUUGUUGAGUCUGACUGUAGCUGUGGGGAAAUCAGAUGUUUAUGACUGGGAGGGUUGAUUCUGUGUCCGAUAUGAAAACCACAAAGAGCUGACCUCUGAUCUGAGCAGGUUCAGACUGGUUGGUGCUUUGAGCUGUUUGGUUCCUGCAAAGCUGAAGAAGGAUGACGGUGGAGCUCGGGAGAGGAGCAGAAAGCUGUCUGACUGCAACAAACUGAGUGGCUGCAGGUUUUCACCAACAUGGAAAGAUCUGCUGGUUGGUGCUGGAAUUACUGAGCUGCUGGUUUUCCUCUCUGUCUACCAGGAUGCAUCAGAACCCAGGACCAGGACCAGGACCAGAACUCAGUCUUGUCUCCAUGAAGAGUGCUCACUCAAGGGGCGCCGCCAUGUUCUUUGAAAGACGACUGCAUUCUGCUGAGGAGGAGAUCCAUCAGAACCCAGGAACAGGACCAGAACCAAGACCAGGACCAGAACCCAGCUGUGUGUCUCUGAAGAGUGAUGGAUCAAUGGGUGACGUCAUCGACUUUAAAAGACGACAACGUUCUGCUAAAAAGAAGAUCCAUCAGAACCCACGACCAGGACCAGGACCAAGACCAGGACCAGGACCAGGACCAGGACCCAGCUGUGUGUCUAUGAAGAGUGAUGGAUCAAUGGGUGACGUCAUCGACUUUAAAAGGCAACAACGUUCUGCUGGAAAGAAGAUCCAUCAAAACCUAGAACCAGGACCAAGACCAGGACCAGGACCCAGCUGUGUGUCUAUGAAGAGUGAUGGAUCAAUGGGUGACGUCAUCGACUUUAAAAGGCGACAACGUUCUGCUGGAAAGAAAGUGGCCCAGCAGAACUCAGAGGUUAUCAGAGCUCAGUCUGACCAGCAGCAUCCCCUGGACUCCAUAUUCAUGCUGCUGGAGGACAACAUGGUGACUUUUGUGAAGAAGGAGCUGAAGAAGAUGCAGAAGGUUGUGAGUCCAGAUUACCCAGAAUGCUCAGAGAGUCAGAGGGAGGAUGAGGAGAAGUUGGAGGGUGAUGAUGAAGAUCAGAGGAGCAGCAGAGAGAUGUUUCAGCAGAUCACAGUGUUGUUCCUGAGGAGGAUGAAGCAGGAGAAGCUGGCUGACUGUCUGCAGAGCAAACUUGCUGCUGCAGUUUGUAGACGUGAACUUAAAUGUGGCCUGAAGAAGAAGUUCCAGAGAGUGUUUGAGGGCAUCGCUAAAGCAGGACAGCCGACCCUCCUGAAUGAGAUCUACACAGAGCUGUACAUCACAGAGGGAGGGACUGCAGAGAUCAAUGAUGAACAUGAGGUCAGACAGAUUGAAGCAGCAUCCAGGAAAGCAGACAGAGCAGAAAGAAGCAUCAGAGCAGAAGACAUCCUUAAAGUCUCACCUGGAAGAGAUGGACCAAUCAGAACAGUGACAACACAGGGAGUGGCUGGCAUCGGGAAAACAGUGUUAACACAGAAGUUGACUCUGGACUGGGCUGAAGACAAAAGCAACCAGGACAUCCACUUCAUGUUUCCAUUGACUUUCAGAGAGCUGAAUAUGCUGAAAGAGAGGAAGUUCAGUUUGGUGGAACUUGUUCAUCACUUCUUCAGCGAAACCAAAGCAGCAGGAAUCAGCAGGUUUGAAGACUUCCAGGUUGUGUUGAUCUUUGACGGUCUGGAUGAGUGUCGCCUUCCUCUGGACUUCCACAACAAUGAGGUCCUGACUGAUGUUACAGAGUCCACCUCAGUGGAUGUGCUGCUGACAAACCUGAUCAGGGGGAAGCUGCUUCCCUCUGCUCACCUCUGGAUAACCACACGGCCUGCAGCAGCCAAUCAGAUCCCUCCUGAGUGUGUGGACAUGGUAACGGAGGUCAGAGGGUUCACCGACCCACAGAAGGAGGAGUACUUCAGGAAGAGAUCCAGAGAUGAGGAGCAGGCCAGCAGCAUCAUCUCCCACAUGAAGACAUCACGAAGCCUCCACAUCAUGUGCCACAUCCCAGUGUUCUGCUGGAUCACUGCUACAGUUCUGGAGGAGCUGCUGAGAACCAGAGAGGGAGGAGAUCUGCCCAGAACCCUGACUGAGAUGUUCAUCCACCACCUGGUGGUUCAGGCCAAAAUCAAGAAGGUCAAGUAUGAUGGAGGAGCUGAGACAGAUCCACACUGGAGUCCAGACAGCAGGAGGAUGAUUGAGUCUCUGGGAAAACUGGCUUUCGAGCAGCUGCAGAAAGGAAACCUGAUCUUCUAUGAGUCCGACCUGACAGAAUGUGGCAUCGAUCUGGAAGCAGCCUCAAAGUACUCAGGAGUGUUCACACAGAUCUUUAAAGAGGAGAGAGGGCUGUACCAGGACAAGGUGUUCUGCUUCGUUCAUCUGAGCAUUCAGGAGUUUCUGGCUGCAGUCUACAUGUUCCACUGUUACACCAGCAGGAACCAGAAGGUUCUGGAGGACUUCCUUAGAGAAGAGCGGAAUGAUCUUUAUGUUGCUGCUGAUGAUGAUGAUGGUGGUGAUGAUAACACAGACAUCUCAUCUCUGGAUGUGUUCCUGAAGAGAGUCAUGGAGAAAUCUCUCAGAAGUAAAAAUGGUCACCUGGACCUGUUUGUUCGCUUCCUUCAUGGCCUCUGUCUGGAGUCCAACCAGAGACUCUUAGGAGGUCUGCUGGGUCAGACAGAGAACCGUCCAGAAAUGAUUCAGAGAGUCAUCAACAACCUGAAGGAGAUGGAGAGUGAUGAAAUAUCUCCAGACAGAAGCAUCAACAUCUUCCACUGUCUGAUGGAGAUGAAGGAUCUCUCAGUACAUCAGGAGAUCCAAGAGUUCCUGCAGUCAGAGAACAGAUCAGAGAAGGAACUCUCUGAGAUCCACUGCUCAGCUCUGGCCUACAUGCUGCAGAUGUCAGAGGAGGUUCUGAAUGAGUUGGACCUGGACAAGUACAACACAUCAAAGGAGGGAAGACGGAGACUGAUUCCAGCUGUGAGGAACUGCAGAAAGUUUCGACUUUCUAGCUGUGGACUCUCAGAGAGUCACUAUGAAAUCGUGGCCUCAGCUCUGAAGUCCAACCCCUCCCAUCUGAUAGAACUGGACCUGAGUAGAAACUACCUGCAGGAUUCAGGAGUGAAGCGUCUUUCUGAUGGACUGCAGAGUCCAAACUGUAAACUGGAGACUCUCAGAUUGGAGAACUGCUGUUUGUCAAAGAUCAGCUGUGAUUCUGUGGUCUCAGCUCUGAAGUCCAACCCCUUCCAUUUGGAACAUCUGGACCUGAGUAAGAACUACAAGCUGAAGGAUUCAGGAGUGAUGCAUCUGAGUGGUUUUCUGGAGAGUCCAGACUGCAUCCUGAAGACUCUGAGAUUGGAAGGCUGCAGUUUGUCAGAGAUCAGCUGUGAUUCUCUGGUCUCAGCUCUGAAGUCCAACCCUUCCCAUCUGGAACAUCUGGACCUGAGCUGGAACAAAGAGCUGAAGGAUUCAGGAGUGAAACAUCUGAGUGGUUUUCUGGAGAGUCCAGACUGCAUCCUGAAGACUCUGAGACUGGAGGACUGCAGUUUGUCAGAGAUCAGCUGUGAUUCUCUGGUCUCAGCUCUGAAGUCCAACCCCUCCCAUCUGGAACAUCUGGACCUGAGCAGGAACAACCUGAAGGAUUCAGGAGUGAAACAUCUGUUAGAUCUUGUGGAGAGUCCAGACUGCAGCCUGAAGACUCUGAGAUGGAAGUGAUGCUGAUCAGGACGGUGUUUGUGCUGAGAGGAUGAAGUGUGUCCUGAUGAUCCAGAGGUUGAAGCAGCAGCAGGUAGAGACUCUCACUGGACCAUGUUACUGGGAGGUGGACUGGGAACCAGUGUAAAGUGUGUUGUUAUCACUGUAUAGUUUAGUGUUGCAGCUCCACACUGAAUGAUGGAGAAGUGCAGUUAAUGUUGACAUGAUCCGUUGGAGGUUGAUGUCAGGUUGCAGAGUGUGCAGUAAGUUUCAGGGUGUUUGUGUCAGUGCAGGAUUAUAUUCCAGUUGACUUUCUAUUUCCAGCUGCAGUCAAAAUUGUUGAGCUUCUCUACCUGCAACACAUUGAGCUGAUGAGAACAAAGUGUCCUGGAAACAUGUCAGCUGAAGCCUUGGUGCCCAGAGAGAGUUUAAUGAAGCACAUUGGAGUCAUUUUGAUAACAUCAUGAUGAGGCCACAAACUGAAGAUAAAUCCAGUUUAGUCCUCAAAGGUCCAGAAGCAGCUUGUUUACCUCAGAGUUCAUAUUUAAUCUGAAUAUCCUUGGACCUUUCUGAGCUCCUCACUUCAUUUUCUGUCAUUAAUUUGACAUCAGAUCAUGUUUAUUUUUCUAAUGUAACUUCUGGAAUUAGAUGAGAAAUCUGUCAUUUCACGAAAAAUCUGUCAAACCUCAGAACCAACAUUAUUUUGUUAACUGUCACUAACUGUAUGUAAUUUUAGAAAUAUAUCAAAGCUAAAUUUUACCAUCUCUUAAAUAAAAGGAGGUGUUUGUGAAAUGUGGAUAAAUUUGGUGUAAAAUGUGUCAACAGUUCAAUAUCUUCAGAGAUGGAAACUCUAAGAUUAUUUGAAGUUCCAGGUUUGUAAUGUUCUUUUACAUAAGACGUUUAAUUUCAGUCCUCUUUUUUUUAAAAAAUCAUUUUAUUUAUAUUUCAUGUAUUUCAAACGUGAAAAAUAAACAGUAGAAUGUGUAAAAGUCCAGAUAGUUCUUUCCAGAGUAAAUGCUUGUAUUGCUCUGCUCUGCUCUCUCCAAGAAGAAUCACUUUGAGCUGCUGUGGAGGAAUCCUUUGAGUUCUAAACGCUUCUUUGAUAAACCCUCAGAAAGGUUCUUCAAAGAACCCUUUUCAGGUGUUUAGGUUCCAGUUCUACUCAUCAUUAGGGUUCGAGCGCUACAAGUGCAAGGACCCUAUUGAAACCCAUAGGUUUGCAGUUGUGAGGGCCUAAAAAUACUUCAAAACACAUGUAAAUUGGCACAUAUGUCUGUGCCAUGAAACAUCAAGUGCUGUGUAAAUGCCCUGAACAUGCUCCAAUCUGCCUGAAACUUUACAUGUAUGAUCAGUGUCCUGCCCUGAUCACAUCUAUAAAAAUGAAAUACAUUCACAGUCAUAGCGCCAUCUGCUGGCAACAGGAAAUGUUAUUUUUUACACUUUGAUGUAGCCCAUAUUCAUCUCAAAUGUGGUGACAUAAGUCUGAACACGUUGAUGAUUCCCAGAGAAAUGGUGACUCAUCAUCAAAAGGCGUCUGUGGUUGAUUUGGCCACAAACUGAAGAAAUAUCCUGCAUUAAGGGACAGUGUCAGACCUAAAUACACUUCAGUACAUAUCAUGUUUGAAUGAAUUAAGUUUUAAGAUGAACAGUUUAUUGUGCAGCUGUCAGUUAGAAAUUCAGAAGCUGCAUUGAUCAGUAAAAUAAAUACAUUAGCCUCCAUGAAGAUAAACGGUCACUACACACAAUACCACAAUUUGAUGACGUUUCACCAAAAACUGCUUUUGAAAAUGUUUUUCUUUUUUUUACCAAAGCUGCCAUUUCCUGCUGACCACAAUGAAUGUUAAAAUCUGAUCUGAUUGUUCCAGUAACUGAACCCAUUUACUGUAUAAUAUGACAUGUUAGAUUCAUGUUUUACAAUCAGUCAUCUUGUUUAUUUUCUUGUUAACAUUAUAUGAUAUUGUGUAUUAUUGUUUUGUGUGUGCUAUAUGGUGACACUGCUCAUGUUUUAAAUGCAAUUUUUCUCGUAUCUUCUUA